GACCCACCCAAGAACUUCUGCGUCGCUGACAACAAGUACUUGCAGAAAGUCGUCAAGGAACUUGGCCCGGAUCUACACGAAAGCCUGGUGCACAUGGUCUCCUACUGCUCUGCUCGUUUGAGCGCCAAAAAGGAGCACGUCAUCCUGGACUUCCGCCCGGUUCUGAACACUGUCUUGGCCCGGCAGUCCGAAUUCAUCUCUGGUCUGCUUGACUGCUGCGACGGCGAACGACUCGGCAAACGAGCUCCGGGUGCCUUGGUUCGCAAGGUUCAGUUCGGGGGCUGGGCCCACCUGUACAGUUCGAGGCCAGUCCGCAGCGGAGUAGCAGCCAUGGCCGCCUGGACGGUCCUCGAUCCGACUAAAGAGGCCCGCGCAGUCUUGGACGAAAUGGCGAAGUCCCUGCUCGACGAUCCUAGCAUGCCAGCCCCGGCGCAGCUCCAAUCCCCACCGGCUGAGGUUUUGAGGACAUUGAUGGCCGGGAACGCGGCUGGCCAGGCAAUCGGCAAGGGAAACUCUUCAGAGGUUCAUGCCUGCCAGUCCGACCCGCGCUUUGUCAUUCGCACAGUCCGCCAGCAGGAUGAAGUCGAAUGGCAGCGUGAACUCUCCAGGCUCAAAAGAGUGCCUGCCCUCUCCGUGAUUACCACCAUUUUCGCUACGAGCGGUCGCCGUUCAUUGAUGCCCAGGCUCUGGCCGGGGGAGGCUAGUGAAGGGACGCAGGGAACGGGCAGCUGGGAGAAGUCGGCUAUCUCGGCGAGGAGAUUUUCCCUGGCAGGCCUACUCCAACCAGGAUGGCUACCUCGUACCGUCGAAUCCCCCUCGUCUCCCCCUGCUUCCUCUGACCCCACGGAGUCUUGGACUACUGAUAAGUCUUUGGACGGGGGCUUGGCCCACUCAUCCACGCAGUCGGUGCUGCCUGUUCCAGCCACCGUCAACGAGGUCCGGCUUCCGGGCAUCUGGGGAGACAGACAGGAGGCAUCUACAACGGGGAUUCCUGACAGUGGUGCAAUUCCCAGUCAGGCUUCCUUACCUGGGGUACAGGCCACCUUCUCGUCUCCGGUGCAGAGCGCCAUUCGUCAUGCUGCGGCCAACCUCAGUGCGGCAAUCAGUUUUGCCCAGGAUAUGGAACAGUCAAUGCCUCUACAGACCCAAAGCACCCUGGCCGAAUCCCUUCGGGUCACUUCGGAUAUCUUGAGGGAGGUCUCCGAGGAGCUCAUUGCGGUCGCUAAGCGGCACCGGGCUCGGCGACUGCGGCUGAUGACCAAACCGUGA